CUGCCUGCUCAGCAGCCCAGGAGUCACUGGAAGAUGUUCUUGACUGCAAAAAUACUUGUUUUUGCUGUGAGUGGUUUCCUAAGAGUGGCAACAGGCUUUGACAUUGGAUUAUCCACGAAAUGCGUAGUGAUACCCAAGGAGAUGGGCAUGUGCCACAAGAUUGGAUACUCCGAAAUGAGGCUUCCCAACCUGAUGGGACACACCAGCAUGGCAGAGGUUAUCCUGAAAUCCACCACCUGGCAGCACCUUGCGCACACAGACUGUCAUCCUCACGUGAGGACAUUCCUGUGCUCCCUGUUCUCACCCAUCUGUUUAGAUACGUUUAUCCAUCCUUGUAGGAGUAUGUGUGUUGCUGUCCGUGACAGCUGCGCCCCUGUGCUCGCCUGCCAUGGACACCCCUGGCCUGACAGUCUGGACUGCAAUCGAUUCCCUGCAGAUGAGGACAUAUGCCUGGCAUCUCUCACAAAGGAAUACAAAUACUUGCAAAAAGACCUACCAAAGCCUGCCUGCCAGACCUGCCCAGCAGUGGAGGAAAUCUUUACGUACAAGAGAGUUCUCGAAGUUUUCUGUGACAGUAACUUUGCAGUGAAAGUAAAGCUGUCCAAGAAAAGAACAGUAUUUGGUGACCAAGAGUAUAACAUUGAAUGCCAAGUGGAAUUCAUUACCCAGAGCUCACUCUUGCCUUAUGAAACUCAGAGUAUGAUACAACAGUGGCUGUUUGUUAAUGAAAACUGUAUGCAAAGGAUGACUCUGAGCCACCGUCCCAUGGUGUAUCUCCUUGUGGGGAAUAUUGAAGAGGGCAUCAUUUUAGUAAAACAAGUUUAUCGUUGGCAGAGGAGGGACUCCCAGCUGACUUUGGCCACUCAGAAGUGGAGAUACCAUAAAUGCUUGUAA